CUAAGCACCGCCCCCUGGAUACGCUGGCAGUGCGGACGCUGGAGAUGUGGAUGAUGUCCGCCUCCUCUCUCUCUCUCUCUCUCUCUCUCUCUCUCUCUCUCUCUCUCUCUCUCUCGCCGCCGUGUGUCGCCGCUGUUUGUUAGGAAGAACGUUAUUCCUGAGCCCCCAUAGACGCAGAAGCCACGCAUUGGGCAGGGCUGAAAAACCGUUUGUCUGCUACACGGGAAAUAAAUACUGAUUAUAUCCGCCUGUGCAGAUAGAAAAGGGGAUGACGUAGGGGCUCAGACCAGAGACAGAGAGCAGAGAUGAGUCUGACAUCCUGGUUCCUGGUGAGUAGUGGUGGCACACGCCACCGUCUGCCCCGUGAGAUGAUUUUUGUGGGCCGUGAUGACUGCGAGCUCAUGCUGCAGUCUCGUAGCGUAGACAAGCAGCACGCCGUGAUUAACUACGAGCCAGCAAGUGAUGAACACAAAGUGAAGGACUUGGGGAGCCUUAAUGGGACAUUUGUGAACGACGUUCGAAUCCAGGAGCAGAUGUACAUCACUCUGAAGAUUGACGAUAAGCUGAGGUUUGGAUAUGAUACCAACUUGUUUACUGUGGUCCGAGGAGAGCUUCAUGUUCCAGAGGAGGCUUUAAAGCAUGAGAAAUUUACCAGUCAGCUUCAGCUGGGGAAGAAGCCAGUCUGUGCAGAGUCACCCAAAACACCCAAAUCUCCAACAGCCAAAGGUGCAGAGAGCAAAGCUGCCGUGCCCGUCCCUGAACCUCCUGCCAAAGUGGUCGAAACCUCCAAGACCGAUGAAAAAAUGACAGGUGAUGUUGCAGCACUGCACAGAGGAACUCCUUUGUAUGGCCAGCCUUCAUGGUGGGGGGACGGCGAUGCCGAUGACGAGAACUCGUUUAAACAGGAGAAUAAAGCAGCAGGGAAAAAACAGGAGACUCCUGGGACAGAUACCAAGGAGACAAAGCGGACAGACAAAGCCAAGGAGAAUGGUGUGAGCGCUGCAGGCCCUGAGCCCAGCUAUUUCGAGAUCCCAAGUAAAGACGGACAGAUGGCAGAGGACAGCAUCCACGAGGUCCCAACCAAGGACACAGAGAUCAGCGCGGCAGCAGCAAAAGCCGCCCAAGCGAACACCUCCUUCACCAUUGAGUUUGACAACACCUCUCCUGGGAAGGUGACCAUCAAAGAUCAUGUAUUACGUCCAAGAUCAAAAAAAUCUCAGCCAGGGAGUAAAGAGCUCAGUAGCCUGCAGGCGGCCAUCAUGGCUUCGGAGAGCAAAGUGGCCGACUGGCUCGCACACAACAAUCCUCCUAUGGUGAGGCGUGAGUCUACAGAGGAAGACAGCAAAAGCAUUAAGAGUGAUGUGCCUGUCCAUCUCAAGAGGCUGAAAGGCAGCAAGCACGAGGACGGCACCCAAAGUGACUCAGAGAACGGCCUCGGUCUGCGUUUUGGUAGCCGCCGCCACGCUGCUCUGGAGGAACGCUUGAAAGCAGCUGGACUCACACAUGCCAAAGUCACCGGGGCAGAGGGCUCGGGCUCCAGCAGCCGCACCGCCUUCACCAUCGAGUUCUUCGACGAGGAGAACCCGCGCAAACGCCGCUCCUAUUCCUUUUCCCAGACUGCACCGCUGUUGGGCGGUAUGCCAGGAGAAGGACUGUGUCCUGCACCACCCUCUCAUCCGAAGGGCACUUCAUCAGCAUUGGCAACGGUGGCACCUACAGCAGCACGGCUGCUGCAGAAGAAGAGGUCAGAGGACAAGACAACGGUCCCUGGAGAUGAGACUCAGAAGCAGGAUGACGAUCAGAGUGACAAAGGCACCUACACCAUCGAACUGGAGAACCACAACCCUGAGGAGGAAGAGGCCCGGCGUUUGAUUGAUAAGGUGUUCGGGGUGGAGAACCUUCAGGAUCCCGGUUGCUCAGUGCAACAGCAACAAAAAACUAAGGACAGUAAAAAGGCCAGCAGCACUAAAGCUGAGAGCCUUUUGGAGGAAUCAGUUGCAGUUGGCAGUCCACACUGGGUUUCUCAGUGGGCCACAUUAGCUGCUAAUCACACAAGGACUGAUCCUGAGGGUUCUGGGGCAGAACCCACACACUUCAUUCAUCAAGAGCGAGAAGCUGAUGCAUUUGAAUCAGGUGUAUCUUUAAGGAGCACAGGCUCUGCCACCUCUAGCCAGGCUGAACGGAAGAGGAGGACACUGCCUCAGCUUCCCACGGAAGAGAAGAGCAGGCUGGGGAAGGUCUCCUCCACCACAGGACUACGCUCUGAGAUUGGCGAGAAGCAAGACACAGAACUCCAAGAAAAACAACACAAAGGAGAUGGUGAAUGUGUUUCCACUCCCAGCAAGAAGGACACUACAAGUAGAAAGACAAACCAGGUGCAGACAACCACCUCAAAGCCUCUUGUGCCUCUUCUGGGAGGGUUAGAGAAGCAGAGCGAGGAGUCUUGCAGGAGGCGUGCCGAGGACAGGAGCAAAGGGAGUGAUAGUGAGCGGAGCGGGAAGCCCCUAGUGCGUCAAGGCAGCUUUACCAUCGAUAAGCCAAGUGCCAAUGUUCCACUUGAGCUUAUCCCACGCAUCAACCAACGACAGUCCGGGGGCCGAGAGCGAAGUGACUCGGCUGGCAGUAUGGACACUGCCACCCUGCUCAAGGAUACCGAGGCUGUUAUGGCCUUUCUUGAGGCCAAACUGCGUGAUGAGAAAAAGCUGGGUCCAUCACCACCCCCUGGCUACCCUUCAGGACGAUCUUUUUCCCCAGAAUUGGAUACUGACGCAACUAAAGCAGCAGGCCGCAAUGAAGUGCCACAGAAGCGCCGUUCUCUCAGCAGUCUACACAGAGAGAAAAGCAACACAAGCUUAGCUGGAAAGAGCACAACCAAUGCACGGGAGAAACUGGAGAGAAAAGCCAAGCCCAAGACCUCAGAUGGCCGCCUCGAUUCCCGUCGCUCUGCCCAUACAAGUCAUUGGGCGCGCCAGCCCUCUAUGGACCUGACAGAUGAUGAACAGACAUCCUCAUUGCCCAUUUCCGACAUACUCUCUGAUGACCAGGAGAACGGACGUAGCCCCUUCACCUUCCCCGAUGACUUGCUGCACUCCAAAAUGGACUCCUCUAAAGCUGCUAAAGCUGGUAAAUCCAGCAGGACACACCAGACCAGCCCUGCCUCUAUGGGCAAGCCUCAGUUGCCUCAGCCUCGGCCCACAAGGGCAUCUCUUCUGAGACGUGCUCGACUUGGAGACACAUCUGACACAGACCUGGCAGAUGCGGACCGGGUGUCAGUUGCAUCCGAAGUGUCCACUACCAGCUCCACAUCCAGGCCACCAUCAGGCAGGAAGGCACCAUCUCGCAUCGACAUGCUGGCACAGCCCAGACGCACUAGGCUUGGGUCCAUGUCGGCGCGAAGCGACUCUGAAGCCACAGUGUCACGUAGCACUACAUCGAGGAUAUCGGCUGAGACGGCUCUGAGACUGGGCUUGCGCCCAACCAACCCAGCUGACAGCAAGCUGAACCCACGCCUUCGGGCAAACAGUGUCUCCAAGCUGACUGACACCAAAACGAAGACCACAGCAUCCAUCUCCAGUGCUCCAGCAGAGAUGUCUCAACCAGACCCGGAAGAAGACCUAGCAGACGAGGAGCCCAUGGCCAGCAGCAGAUGGCGGCGACUUAAUACAGAAUACGGCUCCACUUCCGAAGACGAGUUUGGCUCGAACAGGAACUCGCCCAAAGCCGGGCGUCUGAGGCCAGGCACUGCUUUGCGUACCAGUCGGGUGAACAGCACAGGCACGGUGACAACAAACCCCGGCAGCAUCACCAUCAAACACAGGAUGAGAGAGCAGGAGGAGUACAUCAGAGACUGGACAGCCCACAGUGAAGAGAUCGCCAGGUUAUUCCCCUGUGUGCGCAGGAUCAGUCAGGACCUGGCCAAGGAUCUGGCCAUUCUGGCACGGGAGAUCCAUGACGUAGCCGGCGAGAUCGACUCGGUCAGCUCCUCCGGCACAGCACCAAGCACCACGGUGAGCACGGCGGCCACAACGCCUGGCUCUGCCAUCGACACCAAGGAGGAGUUGGUAGAGCGAGUUUUUGAUGAAAGUUUGAACUUUCGGAAGAUCCCCCCUGUGGUGCAGACCAAGACUCCGGAGAUGAACGGCCGGCCAGUGGAGCUGAGGCCGCGAGCCCCAGACAGUCUGGAUCCCCAGAAUGCACUGCGCAGACGCACAUGGAACCGAGAUGAGGUCAGACCGGCGGUGCUAGACAGCUUGCUGCUGACAUCAGUCUCUCAGCUGUCCUCCAAAAUCCGCCAAUCUGUGGACAAAACGGCAGGCAAAAUCAAGAUUUUGUUUAAGGACAAGGACAGGAACUGGGACGACAUUGAGAGCAAACUGAGCUCAGAGACUGAUUUACCACUCCUCAAAACCACUAACAAGGAAAUCUCAACAAUUCUAACCGAGCUGAAGAGGGUGGAGAAGCAGAUCCAAGCUAUAAAUAUCAUGGUAGACCCGGACGGUACCCUCGACGCGCUUACCAGUCUAGCCCUGGUGAGUCCCACUACACCCAAACCCAAGACCAGCAACGGAGCCUCCAAACCCUCCUCCACUAACUCCCCUAACCGAGAGCUCCCCAGCACGGGACUGAGCCGUCCUCAAGCCAGUGGAGGCUCGAGCGCCAUUACUAACAAAUGAAGGACAGGAACUCUGAGAAUUGAGCAAACCGGACCUCUAAUAGCUAAUUCUCUCUGACCUGAUAGACCUUUACCUGUACAUAUUGUCUGUACCACUUCCUUUCAAGCACUCCAGUGGAAUGUCCAUCUUUCUCCAAGUGAAGUUGAUAAAAGUCACACUUGUUGAUUUGGACAGUGAUAUACAGUGCAGCUACACAAGCACACACACACACACACACACACACACACACACACACACACAGCUUCUGGUGAAGAAGAGGUGAGGAGCCAUUGAUCAGAGGCUUGUAAUGCUGGACUUCUUCCACAUGUCUGAUGUUAGUAUUACCUGCCUGUGCGUUGCUGCACGUGUGUACGCUCCCUUCCAGGCAUGAAGCAAGUGGACUUUGUAAACCAACUUCGACAAAAACGACUCCGAGUGCCUGUCUUCUCCCCUCUGUAAGCAUUCUCUCCUACAAAUAGCAACUCUUUCUUAUAAAGUGACUUUUCUUUCAGAAAUGAGAUGGUUGGUUUAAAAGACUCAACAGAAUUUUAACCGUGAAGGGAAGCUUUGUGAGAAGUGUUAAAUAUCACAAAGCUAAACAUGAACCAGUUUGCCAAAGUAAGUCCAAUCCUGUGCAUACACUCAACAAUUAUAAAUUUCAUCCAACUUUUUUUUUAUUUCUUUUCUUUCUUUUUUUUUUUUUUGAUAAACAAAGUGCAUUUAUGCUAUUAAUAUCAGCAUAGGCCAACUCAGUGAUUUUGGUUCCUGUAAACAGAGCAGUCACUGAAUUACACAAUCCUCAUGCACUGAUUUUUUAUUUAUUUAUUUUUUUAGACUACCAGAUAGGUAGCAAACUUUAUACGUGGUUCAGAUUUCAAUUAGAAAUCAUCGUUUCCUUUUCUCCCCCAUGUCGGAAGUAAGAAAAAAAUGCAGUAUUACACAACGUAUUAGUGAAAUGCAACAGGGUUUAUGUCACAUCUGUAAAGAUCUCUGAGCCUUAAAACAAACAGCCUUUAACACAAGGUUGGUUCACAUUCUGAAUAUGUUACAGUCAGUCAAAUGUGUUAACGUUUUUAAUCUCAAUACUAACGUUCUCUAAUCAGAGUAUGCAAAAUACAGGGAUUCAUACAGACAGUGAGAGUUGGGCAGUUUGUCAGCAUUUUCUCAAAUCUCCACAAGCUCAUUAGUCAUGAUUUGUUUAUGAAGGUAUUCCAGCAUAUGGUGUAGGUGCUGUCUUACUCUUCUGACACCGUGUGCUGCUCGGCCGAAUUCAGGGUCACGGGGAAAGGGUGAGGGACGAGCGUACCCUGCCUUUCACUGUGAAUCUUUGUGUUGUAGAGAGAAAGCGACAGAGAGAGUAGGGCGCUGUCAUUAGGAUCUAAAACAAAUAGUGAAGACUUUUAUUUUGUCGUCGUUGCUGUUGUUGAAAAAUGUUUUAGCCAAGUGCUCACUGUGGAAAAUCUAGUUCCUGGGCAGUUUUAGGAAAGAAAAUCAUAAUGUAGUGUACACAAGUGUCAUUUUAAGGUUCCUGGACUCCUGUAAGUUAAUGUUAUGUGUGUUAAAGGUGAAACAGGGCAUCAAACACCAAAAUCAUAUCUCUACAUCAUACCGCUCUCAUAACACCAUGUAUUUUCAGUGGGACGAUCCUUCUGCCCACUUAAACACACCUUUUCAAAUAGUAGUAUCAUUUAUAAUACUAUUGUACAUGUUUUACAUUUGACAGGGAACAGAAAACAUGCUUGGUACAGUUUUGUUGUUGUUUUGGUUUGUUUUUUUUUUUGGUUUUUUUGGUUUUAUGUUUGUUUCAGUUUACGUUCACAGCUGUAAAAUAUAUUUUUUUGUUCUUUUCAUCAAUUUUGAUAAAUGUGUAUUUAUUUUAUUUUUGUUAAAUGUCUUGAAUAUUUUUUAUUUUAUUUUUAUUUUUUUGCAAUUUUGUUGUUUUUAAUUUUUUUUUUUAUUGGAAUCUUUCCCAUGCUCUCAAUAAAAGAGAAAAUAUUCCUGGACCCUAAUUAAACAUAAUUGUCUGCAUAUAUCCUGCAUUUGAAUAAAGUCUUUGAUGGAAA